UACCAAUCAUUUUUAAAUAAGAUAUUGGUUGGAGUUUCUCCUUCUUUCACUUUAAAAAAAUAUCCUUGUUAGAGGAUUUUAUAUUGAAUCAGGAUUUUAUUUAUUUUACAAAAUAAAAAUAAUUUUAAAAAAUUAACUAAAAAAAUUAAUAAAAAUACUGUGUACUGCUUCAAUUAAGGAUUAGUGGGGACAUGUGGAUAAAAAAAAAAAUAUUUAUUUAUGUUUUAGAAGUCACAUAAACAAGAACUGAAACUUUGGAAUGAUUAAUAAAACAAAAAUAUAUAUCAAAGACAGAUGGAUGUUUUAGUAACUAAUAUUAUUACAAAUGUACUGCCAUGAUUAAUUUAUGUAAGUUAUCUACAGCAAGGUGUUAAAAAUCUAUAACAAUAUAUCACUGUCUAAAAAAUAAGUUUUCUAUUCAUAACGUUAUUGAUAGAUUUUAACAGGUUCAAUAACAAUACACUGGAACAAGGUGUUAACGAUUAAACAUUUUUUUUUAAAAAUUGAUUGGAUAUCAGAUAUAUUAAUUUUAGAACUACUUCAAUUAAGCUGUUGAACGAUGGGACUCUGAUUUCUUGUGACCUCAUAGUUUGAACUAUUACUUAAGAGUAAGGAGUGUCGUUUUUUAAAUUUACAUUCUGGAUCAUUAACAUAUCAAAAAACAAUUCAAAAAUACAAAACUGUUCACGAAUGAGUUGGUUACUUAAUUUAACACUUAUUGAUUGCGUUGAAUUGAGAAUCACGUUUUUUUAGCUAAAUGUAUUCAUACUUUCUUGAUUAAUUGUUCACAUUAAGAUAGUAACAUAUUAGGAAAAAAAAUGUGUACGAUUUAUUAGAAACAACCGACAACACAAUUUUUUUUUUGAAAGAGUUUGGAAGUGCAUCUGUGUGUUGGAAAUCAUUUCAAUAUAACUGAGGAAUUCAAAGGUGGGCGAUGGUGGUGAUAAACAAGGUUUGUAGAGUUGUUUGAUAUUAAAUGUAAAUUAAUACAGUGAGCCCAAAAUUUAAAACUAAUGAAGCUCACUCAUCUUAAUCGCACAUAUGCAUUUGCCAAAGUUGCAUCUCUCCAAAUGCUGCUUCCUAGUAAUAAAAUGGAAUAUAAUUAUGUUGGAAUUAUAGUUUGAAAUUGGUCUGUCGACUAAUGAAAACGUAUCUGAAGUUGACCAAUUGUUUCUCUAAUACGUAAUAGUUCGUCAAUGGAACCAAGUUUUAAAUAAGUAGCAGAACGAUACCAAGGAAGCUUUAACAAGAUAGCAGAAUGAAACACGGCUACAUGAUUUUUUGUUUACUGUUACAAACCAUUCAUUCUUUCGAAAGAGAGUAAAGCACGCGUUCUCUAGAGUAUAUGCAAUCCCCUCUACGAACUCUAAGAAAAAGAUUCUUGAAAACGAACGAUUGUUUAAGUAUAUAGUGUAACACAGGUUCAUUUUCGUAGAGGAAACAAAAUGGACAACUCGAGACAAAACCGGCUUUGUUAGAAUGCAAUGAUUAAUUAUGGAAAAUUUUUGCACAUUGUGUACGAGGGUUUAAAAAGUUUUAUAGCAUGUGUAGUUUUUCACAAAAGUCGCAUUCAUUGAUUUGACGAAUUGAAAUUCCUUUCCGAGGACAAAGUGAAUUCCUAGAACGUCGAAAUGACGUAACAGUAAACCGAAUAGUCAUUUUAGAUAUUGGAGUCUUAUAAAAGUUCUAUCAGAAUUUUUCUUCCAACUUUUUAAAGCUCGUUUCUUAUCGACUAACAAUUACGUUUUACCGAAACAAAUUGUCAAAUUGUACCUCCACCCAUCCCCACCCCCACCCACUUGCGGGCCUGUGUGACGUCACGAAUACCUCUUAGGGUGACAUAUACUUUUAUCGACCAAAGUAACACACAAGACACACCGAGAACAACAAAAUACAAAUAAAAAACUUCGUUCGAUUACAAACAAUUUCAUGUGAAUAUCCAUUUUUGUUAGCCAUUAAAAUUACAAGUGACGUGCAUACCUUUAUUUUAAUGCCAGGAAUAGGUGGCUGUUAAAGUGUGCACCGUUAACGAAAUUAUAUGUGUGGUCAAGACUGGUGAGUUUCACUAUUGCUAUUCGUGGCUCACACUGCAUAUACUUACUUAAAUCUAUGCAAUGAUUUAAUCACUCAAAUUCUAGAACAAUUGUGAGACCUGACUAUAGUUGCAUUAUGUUUUGUGUAUCGCCACGUGUGAUUUGUUUUUAUUCGUAAUUUUGAAAGUACUUAUUUUCUUAUUUUCUUUUCCAGAGAUUUCAUUAUGGUUUACAUAAGGUCAAUUUUAAAGAUUUUCAUUAUUUUUCUAUUUCCUAAAGAAAUAUCUACACAAAGUAAGUAUUUGAAUUUAUUCGUUUUUAAUAAUAAGAACUAUAGGCCUAUGCCUUUGUAAGAUUUUAAAACUACACAAAUUUGUUUUAAAAAUCAGAUUUAAAUAUUUUUUUUUACAAAAAUCCAAACAAAUUCGAUUGGACUUUUUUUAUGGCAAAAUACAAAGAUUUUAAAUACACUUUUAUUAUAUUCAUUUUAAAAAUGAUUUAUUAAGACACUAAAAAGAAAUAAAAUGUUAUUUUUCAAUUGUUUAAAUAUAAAUAAACAAUUCCAUCUAUAGGUUGAAUAAAUACAUAUCAAAUGUAUUCUUAAUCUAUUAUAUUUGAAAUUGACAUUUAAAAACUUAAAAUAAGCAGAAUAUACAUUUAGAUUUCCUAAUUCAAAUUCUGUUUUUUAAAAUGGUCAAUGUCUGUAAUUAAUUUUAAUUAUUUGCACAAUAUAUAUAUUCUUAGGACUAUUAGAUAAACUUACACCAGUUAUUAAGCAAACAAAGAGUAAAAUCAUAAUUUUUCUGGUCAAUUUAAUUGUCUUUAGGCUAUCGCAAUAACUUAAAGUUUAAACGUAUAAAAAAAACAACAAAAAAAAAAAAAAAAUUGUAAAAAUAUUUGUUUUGUCAUUGAAAACAGUGAAAUUUUUACAAUUAUAUAUUCAUUGUCAUAUAUUUCAGUCAUGUACUGCUCCAUAAGAGGAAUAUAUUAUUUAAAAUUAUUUUAAAAUUACAAUAGCAAACUAAAUUUGGUUUUUAAAGAACCAAAUUCGUAGCAAAUGUCGUGAGAAUUAUUCAUAAAAAUCAUUUAUAGGUGCCUUUGAAAAUUAAAACAUAAAGCUAAAAAUACUUUCAAUAAUAAGUUCAACACAUUUAUGUUGUCUAUUAUAUGUGUGAAAUGUAAGUUGACAUAAAGGAUUAUUUUAAAAUGAAAUGAAAACUUUAAGUAUGCAUAUUUAUUACAGAAGAUUUAAAGAUUGACAGUUUUGAGCUACAAGUUUUUAACAAAGAAAACACUCCAGUUGAGACCUAUGACCUUCUUAAAGUGACUGCACUUGAUUUACAACCUUGCUCAACAUUUCAUUUUAAAUGUACAGUUAAUAGACUACCCGCACACUACGUUGUCAUUGUCUACAAAAAUGAAGUUAAUAGGACGGAUCAACUAAGUAAUCAAACGGGUGCAAUUUCCGCAGAGUACACAAUUAAAACAGUUGAUUGCCAUCAUUCAGGAUCAUACACAUGUCGAACAGGGAAUAAUCAAGGUUUUAAAAGCCUCACCACUAAUAUUGUCAUCAAAUGUACGUGCAGCUAAUUAUACUUUGAUUAAUUACAAGCAUUAAAAAUAUGAAAGAUACCUUAUGUUGUUUAAACAUUUUAUUUAUAAACUUUUAUUUUCUCGUGUUACUAAAUAUUCUCUAUUUUUAUAUUUAACUUAAAUAGUGAGUUCAUUUCUUAAACGAAAGAAACAACAGAGAUAAACAGCUAAUACGAAUAGAAUAAAAGAAAUUCAUAUUAUGAAGAAAAUAUAUUGUGUUCUUUUUAAAAUAAUUGUCUCAUUUACUUUUAAAAAAGUAGUUUGGUCAUAAAGAAAAAAAAGUGAUUAUAUGAGUUUAUAACAUUGUAAUAUGAUACUUUCCGUCCACAUCAGGUCCUGUAACUGAAGCAAAUUUUGUAUCCAAUAAAAAAGAUCAUUAUGUUGCCGUAAGAAAAGAUCAAAAAGGCAUUACAAUGAUAUGUGAAGAGAGGGAUGUACCGAAUUCAUUAACCUUAUUCAAUCAUAGAAAUAGAAGCCAUCGGCUCAACUACGUUGAAAAUAGUAAUUGGAUUACCUACCACAUUCCUGUAGUAAAAUGUUUAGACAUGGGGAACUACGUUUGUGUUGUAAAUAGAACAAAUCGUCAUAAGGUUACAAACGAUACUAACGCUUUGGUCAACGUUUUGGAAAAAAAGAUGGAUUUAUCUGUAAAUAAUUGUAAGUAUGUUAUGAUCGGUUCAAAAAGAUUUGUAUGAUAAAUAUAUAUAACUAGUCUAUAUACCCUGUGUGACAUGCAAUCCCAUUGGGACCCCGAUCCCAUUAUCAAAAAAAAAAGCUCAGUGUUACUGUGAGACAGUAAACUCCGGGACAAUAUAGAAAUGAUUAGAUCUAACUAAAAUUUCAUAAUCCAUUAGAUCCCACUAUAUAUCCCCGUGGACCAAUUUAGAACUUUCUGGAACAUUCUAGAUUAAAUUUGAUAACCUGCUCGAAACAUGUGUAAAACCUUUUUUCUAAUUAUUUUUUGAAUACGAUAAAAAUCUUCAACAAAUACCAUAAUUGUAAUCCAUUUUCGUUUAAGUUAAUCAUGGGGCCCCGGGGGACCCAUUCCACAACUGUACCAAUUUAGUUUUGCCUGAGAUAGGGGCCCUAUAAGUAUCAGACGGAUAAAUAAUAAAGUUAACAAUUAAAAGAUAUCCCAUCAAAAUCUAUUUAAAAAAUCCAUAGAUAUAGCUUUUUACAGUUAUUGAACUUUUUUUAAAAUGCUAGAUUGGAUAUUAUUAGCUUUAAAUCCACCGAUAUUUCAAUACGGACUAAGAUGCCUAAUGAAAAAAGCUAGGCUUAGAUCCAUAAAUUCCCAUAAAACCUAUACUAUUGUCUAACCCUAUUGAUAUUCAUAUAGUUUAAAUAAGGUAAAAUGAAGGCCCCCCCCACCCCGGCCGCAGGGAAAUGGACAUUAUGAGUUCAGUACACUUUGGUAUUUAAAUAUGGAUGAUCAUGUGUAUGUGUUAUAAGUUUGUCAAGAUCCAUCCAUUCAUAUAAGCGUAUUAAACCUAUUGAAAUUUAUAGAGCUUAUAUAAGGAAAAAUGAAAAGGGGGUCCCCGGCCCCAAAAAUAAUGGAUAUUGUUAUUGAAGUACCCUUCGGUUUUUAAGUACGGAUAAUAAAGUAUAUGUGUACUAAGUUUGGUCAAGAUCCAUCUACUCAUGUAGGAGUAUUUGUUUUUAUUUUAUUUAUAUAACUGAUAUAAAGAAAAAAAACGAAUUCGGGACCCUCGACCCCAAUCGGAACGUUAUAAAAACUUCAUAACACCUUAAGAGUUCUUUCUGGAUCAUGAUGGUUAUAUGUGCCUAGUUUGGUCAAGAUCCAUCAAUCAAUGUAAAAGCCUUUGUGAAACAAACAGACAAACAAACAAACUUUCACUUAUAUAUAUAUAUUUUAAUUAUGAUUAGCUUUGCUAUGUUCAGCUAAAGGACCAUGCGAAUUAGUGGACUGUGUGCAAAGUGGCUGACCGGUCGUAACAUGUGUGGAAUGUACAUACUAACGCACAUUAAUAUAUAUAAAUGUUAGUGUGUGUGUAAACUUAUUUAUUGAUUUCUAGUGUAAUAAAAAAAAUAUCUGGGGAGUGUACAAACAACAUAGCUAAAUGGUACAGACUUUACAAAAUGAUUUUAAAAGUUAAAUACGAUUUCAACAACACUCAUUACAACAUAAUUCAAACUAGAAAUUUUAAAGCAAUUAGAUAUGCUAAUUUAUUUAAAAGAUGAUAAAGGGACAUGUUCAUAUACUAUAAAUGUAUUGGUCCUACACGGUACUAUCGAUUUUAUUUUAUGUUAUAUGGAAUUAGAUAUAAAUAUGUAUGCGUUAGUUAACUUGGUUCUGUAAAGGAAAUUUUUAUGACUAUAAAAAUAAAAUUAUGGGAUUUACAAGCAUGUAAAUAAUUUUUUUUUGAAAUCUAAAUGAUGUUCUAAAUAUUAAACAUUGAAUUUCUUAUAUUUUUAUAUUUGAUUAUUUUAAAUUUGUGUAUAUUUUAAAUAUUAUUUAAAAAAAAACAUUGUGCCUUACGCUCUUGAUUAAUAUUUUUAAAAAUAAAUAAUCUGAUACAGGUCCACCACAAUUAUGUGAUAACGCUUUUGGAAAUGUUGGUAUAACAUUGGAGUUCCAAACGAACAUCUCUCUAACGGUAUGCGUAGAAUUUUCUAUAGGUACGAGAAUUUUUGGCGUGUUUUAUCAUAAAUCCUGGGUAUUUAAUGGAAAGUGUGGAAAGAAAAUCUGCCUUUCAUCUAAGUUACAGAACGGGUCCAGAUUCCAACACCAUUUGAAUAUAACAGUGGUAAACAUAGAUACAACACCUGUUGAUGAUAUAAUCUUCAAAAUAGGAUCGGGAUACAACUAUCAAAAUAACUACAUCAACUACACCAUACAUUUUAAUAACACAAGUAAGAAAGGUUCUAAUAACUUCUUGUAAGGUUCAUAUAAAUAGUUAAUUGUUAACUUAUGUUUAUGGAUUAUCAAGAUUUUUAAUUUCCAUCUAUUUAGUACAUAAUUAGUGAAUACGUUUUUAUCGUAUAUAAAUAAAUCUGUUAACGUAUCAGAAGUACGUUUAAGCAUUUAAGUAGUUUAAAAUUCACGUUUUUUUAAUUCCAUUAUCAAGUUCUAACUUUAUAUAUGGAUAUUUAUGUGGUUCCUUUCAAUGUUAACUUUUCUGGAACUUAUUCAUACACCAAACUUUAUUGGUUGUUUUCAUAAAAAAUUAUUUUUAUUUAAAGGAUGCAAGUCUACAACCCCAUUAAGUGAAGUUACCCCAUCUACCGAGAUUACAUCAACUCAACAUCAGUCAAUUAAUGCUUCCGAAACGCAUGGUAUGUGCAACAUAUGUCCAUAUAUUGUUAUCAAUGCGCAAAUUCUUUACAAUUGAAAUUGCGGUUUCAACAAAAGUUUCUAAAUGUUACAAUGCACUGAUUCGAUUAGUAAAUGAGUCUUUCCAAGGAUCAUAAUAGCCAGAAAGUUGUCCGUUUGUCCACUCCUAAUUCUACUAAUACUCUAAAUCCCCAUUUUCUUUUACCAUAAAGCAUUAUUUCAAUAUGUAUGUAUGUGUAAAAAUACUUUUUACAAAACAAUGGGACUACAUAAGUUUUCAAAUACACGCGUAAAUCUGAUUAUACGGUUGGAUUGCGUGUUAAAUAAAAGCAAACACAAAUAGAUUUUUAAAAAAAUUAUCAACUUCUACCUAUAUUUAGGAAACAUAUGUGUAUAUAUAUAUGUACAGACAUUUACGACAAAAAGGAUGUAACAUAAAAUCUUAUCACAAUAUAUUUAAUUGAUUUGUAAUUCACAAUAUUUGUCAACACUUUUAUCAUCAGUAUAAUUCUUUCCAGGAGAAACUCAAAUGAGUGACAACAAGGCUUCUACCUGGAACACAGUUUUGUUUUUUCUAUGCGUGUUUCUGCUUUCUUUAAUAAUGAGUCUUGCUGUCGUUUUCCACUUCUAUAGAAGUAAUUAUGAUUUUAUUAACUUUUUGCACAUUUUGUGAAUGAACAAUAAAAUGCUUAUGGAGAAUAUUAUUUAAAUAAUAAUAAUAAUAAUAAUAAUAAUAAAGUUCAUUUCAAAAACACACUUCAUCCCCAAAGGCUCGAAGCGCGGUACAAAGUCAACAAAAUACAAAUCUAUAAUUUACCACAUUUAAAACAAACGCAACACUACAAAAACUAUUUACUAGCAUACAAUUGCAAAGUCUUUCUAGCCAUUUCAACCCCAAGCAACACAGCCAUUAUGCACUAACUGGAAAAUAAGGUUGACAAUCAUCCCAGAAGGUGUUUGCGAAAUAGAUGUGUCUUUAAAUAAUAUUUAUCGAAUUUACAAUAGAGAAAAACAAUAUAAAUCUUUGUAUUCUUUUUUUCAAAUGAAACAAUUAACCAAUGAAAUAGCUAAUUACAUAUAUAUAAAUAUAUAUAUAUAUAAGAAAUAUUUAUUAAUAAAAUAAAACAGUUCCACCACAAUUAUGUGAUUAAAGCUUUUGGAAAUGUUAGUAAGACUUUUGAAUUCCAAAGAAACAUUUCUCUAACGUAUGCGUAGAAAUUUCUACAGGUCAAGUGUGUUUUGUGUGUUUUAUCAUAUAUAUAUAUAUAUAUAUAUCUAGCACAUAUGUGUUUGCAAGACGAUGAGUGGCGUAUUGAUACUAGCUUUAGAUAGCUUAUGAUGUUCAUGCUUGAAUGGCCAUUUAUACUACACUUCUCGCAGAAAAACCUUAAAUAUUUUUUAGGUUAGACCUACCUGAAUGUUUUUUUUAAAUUGCUUUAUUUCGCGUAUCUUCUUUUUGUUUGACUCCCUGAUACACUGCUGUUCGUCAUUCAUUUAUUUCAGUACUGUCUUUCCAUAUUUUAAUUUUACAGACGGCGCUAAAAUGUAUGUGAAAUUCCCAAAUAAGGUUUAUCCACUCUGCCAACCUUCCUUAGAGCAGGUUCUUUAGAAAAUUUGACGUAUAAGACUUAAAAGUGAAAGUGCCUCUUACUAAGAGCUGUGAACAUGCUGCACAUUUUGACACUUUUAAGCUUUUCGCAAAAUGCGUCCUAGACAUCUUUUGUGGCGCUGUUGAUUUUCCGCUCAUCAAUAGCAUAUUUGGUCCGCACUUCACUGCCAUAGAGAAGCUUAGUGAGCACUUAUGUAUGACAUAAUUUUUAGCUUGUACCCUCAGUGAGAUUAGGAUUGCUUCACACACUCUUAUUCAAUUUAUUCCUAAAAUUGAUUAUUUAAAUAAUUUUAAUUAACAUUAAUUUUAUUUCACGACAGAAAAAAAGAUUGCAGAGACCAAAGCUCUAGCCUCAUUGGCGUUGUAUCACGCAGUCCAAGAAAGUUCGUUAGAGACGAGUUAUGAGUCCAUCGACCACCAUCUACUAUCACAAGCACAGGGGCAGUUUUCAGAAAACCACUCAACGCCUGCAGUAGAAAGCUAUGUUCAACAUCUAUAUGUGAAUUGCAGUCCUCCAGUCUUUAAACCACAUACAGUUAUAAAACCCAAUUGGAUGACACGCUGCUGGAAAAAUUGAACUAUUUGGAAACAUAUCUAUUUUCUUUAUUUUACAGCUAAAUACCAAGACCAAACUUAAUGUCUUUAUUUUUAACUUGAUAAAAAUUGAAACCAAAUAAUACAGAUUAUGCAGAUUACCCAAUAGUAAUUACUUGACAUAUCAAUCAUAAUUGAUGUGAAAAAUCAGGAAAUAUUACUCUCUAUUUCACUUAUGUAAAUGUGCAAGUAAACUUGCUAACUUUAUGUGAAAUAAACUUUUUUACAAAUGAACAUUGUAGUUCGCGUUUUUUUCAGGUCAUCGUACUUCCCAAUUGCCUUGAGAACCCUUGCUUUCACUCUAUCAUGUUACACAUUGCUCACAAGAAAUUGAUACAUUUAAUAGCCAUACAGUGCCUCCACUUGAUAGUCAUACAGUGGCUCUACGUAGAUCCCUACUGAGUUUUAGAUCAAUAAGACACGAACAAACUGUGUCAAUAUAACAAUAAAAGUUACGCUUUAAUAAUAAUUAUACAUUAUACACAAGUAAACGUUUCGGCUGAUGCCUUCAUCAGUACACACAAACAAAACACAUUUAAAUAAGUAUAAAUUAAAUUUACAUAAUAUAAAUAUACAUAUCCUACCUAAAACAGAAAAAAAUAGGAGAGGGCGCUAAAACCAGACAAAAACAAAGUAAAGAGGAGUAGAAAGAAGUGAUUUUAACAUAAUUGUAAAAAACCUGUCCACUCUUUGAUGUUAUCCUCCCAUCUUUUUCUUUGUCUUCCUUUUCUUCUCCCUCCUUUUGUGGGGCCCUGCAACAUUUCUUUGUACCUGUCUUCUGUCAUUUUUAUUCCUAGGUCCAACACUUUUUAUACCAAGUUUUAGUGUGCUUAAACUCCAUAUAAUUUGUUUUCCUUGUGUUAUUUCUUAUUACUCAACAAAUUAAUACCUUUUUUUUUACGCUUUUAUGUCAUUCUAUUAUUUUGUUAUGUG